AUGGAGAUCCUCGUCCAGCAAAUCAAUCCUUGGGUCACCGAGCAAGACCUCUACAAUCGCAUCGCCACCGCGCUCCACACUCCGCCAGUCCGUCUACCAGGCGAUGGUCUAACCAACUUCCGACUCUUGUUGCCCAAGACCGGCCGCGAUCGACACAAAGGCUUUGCUUUCGUCACCAUCGCAGAGACCUCGACAGCUUCCGCCUUCCUUCAAUACUACUCUGGCAAGACAGGCAGACCCCUCGACAUAGUUCGAGACGGCAAGUACAACGCGCUCAAACUCAUCUCCAACGGUUUCGGUGCUGAGCGGGUGGUCCAAGACAUUCUACGCCACUCCUUCGAGACGUGGGAGGAGAGACAGAGACGGCUCCGAGGCGAUCCCGCUCAGAGCAGCGACGAAGACGACGUUCAGCACCACGCCUUGCUCGCCAGAGUGGUCGAUCCCACCGAGCCUAGGCCUGUGCAUCGCGCCAAUGUCGCUUACGCCGUAUCCGCACGCACCGAGCCCACCCGCGUAGUCUCCAGUCGUCCGCACACGCGCAGAGCCGUCGAGCCGCCUCAGAGCGACGGAGCUUGGAACAAAGUCGAAUUUGGCGUCAUCUGCGAAGACGGCAAGUUCUCCAUCGAGGACUUUGAUCGCCUCUUGACUCCAUUGCCAUCGGGUUUUGACGUCAAAGCCCAAGUUCUUUACUUUGGCAACAAGAAGAAUGCGAUCCGCAUUCUCUUCAACAACAUCGUCGCCUGGUCCAUUGAUCGUGACCACAAUGCGCUCGCUUUCGAGCUCGAGGAUCCCGCUACGUUCAUCCUGGAUGGUCGAAAUAGUACCUCGUUUGACUUCAUCGAGACAAUCCUCCAUCCCGACUGGGACUUUCUCGCUCAAAGAGAACGCAAGCACUAUCGCAUCCCAAGUAUCGCUUGCCACUUCCGCGUCUCCUUCGUCUCCACUCGUGAUCUCGACUGGUUCUGUCUCGAAGCGCGUCCCUUUCUCAAGCGUGCUGGCAAUCCACGCCACUCCCCUCGCCCCAUCGUGCGGCGUAAUCUGACCGACCCCGAAUACUAUAAAGCAGCAGCAGUGUUCUACGCGACACUGGACAUCAAAGUCGCCUACCAAUUCGAAAAGCUCUUCCGCAAUGCGCUCUAUUCGCCUACUGUCCUCGAGACCCUCAAGUCGAACACACGCCGUCUCAUCAAGCUCUACAGCGUCGACUUCGCGGCCCGAGUGCUCGAAAGCCUUGCCGCCACCUCGCGCCAGGUACAGGUCCGCGAGCGCAACACGAAGUGUCUUCUAGCUUCCACCAAGCUGCAAGAGCGUAUCCAUGCCGAAGAAGAGCGUCUCAAGCGCUACGACGCAAAAGAGAUCGCCACGCUCGACGACAUAGCUAUGACCACCGCUGUGGCCCAGGUCUUUCAUGUCACCGUCACACCAACACGGAUUCUCCUCGAAGGCCCUUUCAUGGACGCCUCCAAUCGUGUUCUCCGCCUCUUUCCCGAAUUCGGCAGCCACUUCUUGCGAGUCGCCUUCUCCGAUGAGGACGGCGACCGCUUCCCCGUCUCUCGACUCGAUCUCGACGGCGUCGACAGCGAAUCGUUCGUGCACGAGCGGAUCGGGACCACACUCAAGUGCGGCAUCACCAUCGCUGGUCGUCACUACAGCUUACUCGCUUGGUCGGGCUCUGGUCUUGGCAGUCACCACUGCUGGUUCGUCACGCCCUUCACAGACAAGAAAGGCAAGCCGUGGGAUGCUGAGCGUAUUCGCCAGUCGCUCGGUAACUUCAGUCGAGUCGAAAAGCAACCGGCUCGCUUUGGCGCACGUCUCUCGCAGGCUUUCAGUGCCACAUCGUCCACCAUCCGCAUCAAAGACGAGUGGAUCAAGAUCAUCCGAGACGACUACAGCGACGCACGCAUGCCGUCCGACGGGCGCCGUCAAGGAGAUUUCUACCUGCUCACUGACGGUGUAGGUCAGAUCUCGCGUGCGCUGCUCAACGACAUUUGGCGAGAGCUGUGCACAGUCAAGAACAUGCGUCGCGAAUGGCACCUGUCGCAGGAGGAUCCAGCACGCAUUCCCUCUGCCAUCCAGUUCCGCUGCGGGGGUGCGAAGGGCGUCCUCUGCCUCAAUCCGAAACUGACAGGCAAACAGAUGAUCGUGCGAGAGAGCAUGAUCAAGUUUUCUGCUCCCGAGCAUCGCGAUCUGGAGGUGGCUGCGACUUCCUUCUCCGCUCUGCCAGCCCGUCUCAAUCGUCCACUCAUCAACGCACUCGAGGAUCUUGGCGUCAAGGCACCGGUGUUCUUGUCACUGCAACACAAGGCGGUCGAGAAUGCUCAAUCGGCCCGCAGAUGCUUCAAGCGUGCGUCCAAGCUGAUGGGCUCGUUUGCUCUCAGCGACACUGCGGAGAUGAACCGGCUCUUCCGUCGCCUCGAAAGCCUGGUCGGUGUUCAACCUGACAAGCUUCACCCUGAUGGCAUCCUUAACCGGCUUUGUACAAUCGUGAUCGCCGCUGCUCUCGGCGAUCUCAAGCGCAAGGCGAGAAUUCCCGUUGAUGGCAGUACUCUUAUUAGUGUCGUGGACGAAUUUGGGUAUCUGGCGCGAGGCCAGAUCUUCGCCCAGGUCGACGACUACAACGACGGCAAGUUCACGGCUUUCCAAGGUCAAGUCAUGAUCGGUCGAAGUCCAACGAUUCACCCAGGUGAUGUACGUGUGGUGACUGCGGUGGCGCCGCCUCCAGACCACCCGCUUUGGCAGCUACGCAACGUCGUCGUGUUUAGCAAGAGCCCCACCGGUCGACCCCUCCAGUCGAUGCUCAGCGGCGGCGACCUCGACGGCGACCUAUACACCAUCUACCAAGAUCCUCGUCUGUACCCGGAGCGAGUCAUUUCGCCUGGACAGUAUAAGACCGUGCCUCCUCGCUCACUGGCAAGGUCCUGCACUGCUGAAGAUCUUGCCGACUUCUUUGUCGACUACAUCAUCAACGACCAGGUUGGCCUGGUAUCGACCUUCCAUCUGCAAAUCGCCGACAAGAGCGAGCUUCACUCGCUCGAUCCGGACUGCAUCAAGCUGGCACAGCUGCAUGCAAAGGCGGUGGACUACCGCAAAACGGGACAGGCAAUCCCUCGCAAGGAAGUGCCCAUGCCACCAUUCAACUCGGCCCGACCGGACUUUCUGGCUCAACGACCGGCAGGCCCCAACAUCUACGCAAGCCCGAGAGCGCUUGGUCAGCUCUACAGAGCGAUUCCGGAACAGGUCACGGACACUCCCUUCGGCACGCAACCUGCGUGGGCCAGGGGAGAGAGCAACCCGAGCGCGCUCACCAAAAUCCUCAAGCAGCCGGGCAAGUCGGACGACAUUCUGUCGAUCCUAUCGACGCUGGCGCAAAAAUAUUCCCAGAUCGUGCCAGAGGGACUGAGACUGGUGCAGAUGCAGGAGCAUUUCCGACCGCUUCUCGAGACAUUCGUCUUCGAGCUGAGCAAGCUGGCCGCAUGGAUCCCAGAAAGCAGAACCGAGACGGAAUGGCUAAGCGAGGAAGAGAUUUUGAUCGGCACACAGGUCAUGGCGUGCAAGGCGAAACAGCUGAAAAGACGACAGGAAAGGUUGACCUCGUCUACGGCGGAGCUGUUCCCGAUCCUGAGGGCGCAACUGCAGCUCAUUGCGGGUAACGAUAGCGUCGAGACAGGAACGAUCCGACCAGACACGCGCAAAGGGCCGACCAAGAACAUCACGGGCAGGUCGCAGACUGGCAUCCCCGGGAAAGAAAUAUCGGACACCUUGCACUUCACUGGCUAUGCGCAGGUCGUCCCUGCGGAGCCUCGACCAAGGCCCAAGCCGAGGAUCGUGGUGGUCGAUGGUGAGAGAGUGGUGCUGCGCGAGCGACCUGAUCCCAACGGCAGUCCAUCGCCUUGGUCCGAUGACUCGGACAGCGAAUACGGCGAGUACUACGACAUUGUGGAACGGGUGAAUCGAGCACGCGAAAAGUACGUCGACGACUGUCUGCGAAGGGGAGACGCGAAGAAGAAGGCCGAAGCCGCUGCUGCUGCGGCUGCCUCGUCGUCUCGCUCCAACGGCAACGGCAAUGGACAUCGAAAUGGCGCCACGAACGGGAACGGUCACAGUGCCAACGGACAGCAGCCGGAAAGACGAGUCGUCGUCGGCAUUGACCAUGCUCGCUCGAACGGCACCGCCAACACCAACGGUCGCGGCAAAGGCAAGGGAAAGGGCAAGGCCAAGGCGAACGGAACCAGCAACGGCUACAACUACGGCUCGAGCAACGGCCCUUCGCACACCAACGGCUGUAGCAACGGCACUUCGCAAACCAACGGCGCCGCCAAUGGCAAGUCCAAGACAAACGGCACCUCCAACCACAACUCAAAGGGCAAGAACCGCGCCAUCGCGUGCACCGACCCAGAACUUUACCAGCUCAUGUACGAUUCCGACGACUCGGACUACGGCAUGGAGCGUCACUACUCGGGUCGCAUGUCGGCCGACGACCUGGCUCGGCGCAAACGACGCAAGGAGCUGCGCUAUCUGUACUCUGCAUGCUAUCUGGGCGCCACCGAGGCGAGUGUGCGCAGCUUCGGCGGGAAUACGUUUGCGGUGGUCGCGCUCGGAUGCCUGCUGGAGCUGAUCGAGGAACAUCAGUCGAAUGGACGACUGUUUUGA